CAAAUCCACCAUUGACAUUGAAUUUCUUUAUGUUUUAUACUACUAAGAUCCCGGAGCGCUCUGCAUCAGUCCCUCAACUGCUUCGGCCGUAUGCCUAUAUUUUCAGUUCAGGUUGGAAGAAAUGUCUGCUGAUAUCUAUAAUAUUAAACCUCUGACAGAGGAUCCGAAGCGAUAUGAAGACGCAUACUACAAUGUUUUCUUCAAGCUCGCCAAAAAGGAUGUUGUUUUAGAAAAGGUGAAUCAAUAUUUUGAUGCCAAUGUGGUAAAGAUGCUCACUGAUGUAUUUAGCCGCGAUGAAGAAUUUAGUCUACUAGGGAUUGGAGUCGGCGAAGGUCCUCACGAAUUUCACUUCCUAAAGAGUCUGCAAUCUUACUAUCCAUCAAUAUGCAAUGUGGCUGUGGAUCCCAAUGAAGGCAUGUUACAAACGUUUAAAGAUAGAGUUUCUUCUUUAAAUACAAAUGGGAAAGGCUCUGUCUCCUAUCAUGGGUUCGGUGGUCCAUUAUCUGAGUUUUUUGCUGGGAGUCCAUUGGCGAAGAAAAAGUACAAUCUUAUCACAUCCAUACAUUCACUCUACUACACCGGUGACCUUGAAACGACCUUCACCCAUAUGACAUCCAUGAUGAAAGACAAUGGUUUUAUCAUCAUCGUAUGUAAGAACGAUAGCCUCAUGAGCAAAACAUUCCACAAGUUAUCGUGGCUGUCAGAGAGCACACAAUCAAACGACCGACUGUCAUCAAAGACUGUAAGAGAGUUUGUUGAAAGCCAAGGUUAUAACGUCACCACUGUCGACAUAUCCGCCCAAUGGGACAUUACUGAAUUAUUCAAAGACCAGUCAGAAUUUGGAGACAAACUCAUGGACUUCUGCACCCAGACAGCAUAUUUUCGACAAACAGCGCCCUCUGCGAUACUAGAUGACCUGAUGGCUUUUUGGCGUUCAAUUUCGACCCAGGAUGACAAUGGACGUGUUUUCACCCCUGCCCAUGAUGAAAUACUUCUUGUCUCAAAAUAAUUACAAUUAUGAUUACAAAUCCUCUAAUAUAAAAGCAAUAUCACUCAAAAGUCUUAUAUUA